AAAGCCCUUUAAUCUGAAAGCCAGCCAGGUGUCUGCGGAGCAGCUAAACAGAUCUGCUGGGGUUGAAGAUGAUGGCUGCAGGCAAGUUUGCGAGCCUUCCCAGAAACAUGGCUGUGAGUCACCAGUUCUCCGUGGCCUCGUCCAUGGACCUUCUGAGCAGCAAGUCCUCGCUCGCUGAACACCGCACAGAUGCCUCUCAGGACGUGUCUAUCCAUGGCACCCUGCCACGGAAGAAAAAAGGCCCUCCUCCCUCCAGGUCGUGCGAUACCUUUGGUCACAUGGGUCCCCUCCCUCACGGCAAGUCCCCACGGCAGCACGCGCCUCGCACCCAGGAUGCCAUCCAGGAGCACCCACUGCAAGACUGGAAGGGCGAAGCCUCCGCCUUCAGGGAUCAGCACCUUCUGGACCCCACUCUGGAGUACGUGAAGUUCUCCAAGGAGCGGCACGCCAUGGACAGGACCCCGGAGAGGCUGAAGAAGGAGCUGGAGGAGGAGCUGCUCUUGAGCAGCGAGGACCUGCGCAGCCACGCCUGGUACCACGGCCGCAUCCCCCGACAGGUGUCCGAAAGCCUCGUGCAGCGCGAUGGGGACUUCCUGGUCCGGGACUCUCUGUCCAGCCCAGGCAACUUUGUCCUGACCUGUCAGUGGAAGAACCUCGCUCAGCACUUCAAGAUCAUCCAGACGGUGCUGAGGCCCAGCGAGGCCUACAGCCGCGUGCAGUACCAGUUUGAGACGGAGAGCUUCGACUCCAUCCCCGGCCUGGUGCGCUGCUACGUGGGCAACCGCCGGCCCAUCUCCCGGCAGAGCGGGGCCAUCAUCUUCCAGCCCAUCAACAGGACGGUGCCCCUGCGGUGCCUAGAGGAGCACUAUGGCACCUCCCCGGGCCAGACCCACACGGGCAGCCUGGCCGAGGGGUGGCCGGAGGUGGCCAAGCGGCUGAGUCUCACUACGGGCAGCGUGCAGAGCCUGCCCAGGGGAAACCUUCUCAGAAACAGAGAGCAGAGUGGUAGCCAGCCGGCCUGCCUGGAUCACAUGCAGGACAAAAGAGCCUUAUACCUCAAAGCCCACCAGUCGGAGAGUUACCUGCCAAUUGGCUGCAAGCUGCCCCCUCACUCCCCGGGUGUGGACACAAGCCCAUGCCCAAGCUCACCCGUGUUCAGAACGGGCAGUGAACCCACCCUGAGCCCAGCACUGAUUCGGAGGGUCUCCUUGGAUACUAGGGCAGGGGAGGCCCUGAGGGGCUCGGACAGCCAGCUGUGCCCCAAGCCUCCCCCGAAGCCUUGCAAAGUGCCCUUCCUCAAGACGACCCCGCCUGCAUCUGCGUGGCUCAACUCCGAGGCCCACUACUGUGAACUGAACCCAGCCUUGGCCUCAGGCUGCGGCAGGGCAGCAAAGCCGCCCUUAUGCGCCCAGGGCACCUCCAUGGAGCUACUGACGGCCAGGCAGAAUGGGGCCCCAGGGCCCCGGCACUCGGGCACCAACUACUUGAUCCUUGAUGACGAUGGGACGAGACCUUGGGAGCCACCGGCAGUGCAGACGGACAAGGGGCAGGAGGACUGGGCCGAGUUUGUGAAGCCCCUGAUGGAAAGCGGCUCCUCGUUCAGGCCCAAUGACUUUGAGUCGAAGCUCCUUCCUCCCGAGAACAAGCCCCUGGAAACGGCCCUGCUGAAGCGGGCCAAAGAACUGUGCACCAGCUGCGAGCCCCGAGCCAUCGCCCAGCACAUGCUGCAGAUGGACUGCCAGGUUGCUAGGAUACUUGGGGUCUCAGAGGAGAUGCGGAGGAACAUGGGCGUGAGCUCUGGCCUGGAACUCAUUACCUUGCCGUUUGGACACCAGCUGCGUCUGGACCUGAUUGAAAGACACAGCACGAUGGCCAUCGGCAUUGCAGUGGACAUUCUGGGCUGCACGGGCACUCUGGAGGACCGAGCAGCCACUCUCAAUAGGAUCAUCCAGGUGGCGGUGGAACUGAAGGACUCCAUGGGAGACCUCUAUUCCUUCUCUGCCAUCAUGAAAGCCUUGGAAAUGCCACAGAUCACAAGGCUGGAAAAAACGUGGACUGCCCUGCGCCACCAGUUCACACAGACCGCCAUCCUCUACGAGAAGCAGCUGAAGCCCUUCAGCAAACUCCUGCAGGAGAGCCGGGAGUCCACGCAUGUUCUCCCAAGCAAUGUAUCGGUCCCGCUGCUGAUGCCUCUGGUGACCCUGAUGGAGCGCCAGGCUGUCACGUUGGAAGGAACCGACUUGUGGGAGAAAAAUGACGAAAGCUGUGAGAUCAUGCUGAGCCAUCUGGCAACAGCCCGGCUCGUGGCAGAGGCUGCGGACACCUACCGGGCGAAUGCCCAGAAGAUCCUGGACGGUUUUGAACCAGAUGAGGAAAUGAGAGAAAUCUUCAAGACUGAAUUUCAAAUGAGAUUGCUGUGGGGCAGCAAAGGUGCACAGGUCAAUCAGACGGAGCGGUAUGAAAAAUUUAACCAGAUCUUAACUGCACUCUCGCGCAAACUGGAACCUCCUCCUGGGAGGCAGGCAGAGCCCUGAGAAGUCUCCGGAGAAUCUGAGGACAGUCUUGCAAGCGUCUCAAGUUCCUUCUUUGGGAAAGCUUACCACGUGAUACAGUAACAAAGUACAAACCUGACAACAUGCAAGCUUUUAGUAUCCACUGGAUAUGAAACAUGUAAAUUGCACAGAACCCACUUAUUUAUGAAUUGUUUAAAAUUACUACUGAUUUUAAAUAAAUGAUAAUUUAUUAUUAAGGUAACUACUAUUGCUAAUUCAAGAGAAGACCUCACUGUGUUGGCUGGUUUCUUUCUAUCACUGUAUUUGACCAUUUCUAGUUUUUAAUUCCAUGUCAGAUAAGUGUAAAUAGGAGAGUGUUUUUGUUUUUUAAAGAAUAUGACACAUUUCAGAAGGUAUCAGUUGUAUGAUAUUCUUUAAAUAAAUAGGAAAAAUGUAAAUAGUCAUGAAUGAAAAUACAUCUUUUUUGUGUGAAACCAUUGUAUCUGGUGUCUUGCAUAUUAAAUGGUUUAUCCCAGUGCAGUAUCAUCCCACCUUUCCUGGACGCCAUAUUCUGAAAAUAAACCCGAGUUGGUGAA